UUCAGGGCCCCAGGUGCAUCUAUAUAAGCUGGCAGGGAUAUUCGUUGGAAAAUAUUGGCCGUGUCACUUUCAGUCUGGACUGUCUUAGAGCGAGUACGUCAUGUCACACUUCGCACCAUGGAUUGCUUUGCUGAUAUUGAUCGGAUCUGUUGGGUCACAGGAGCAGUUUAUGAGGGCAGAUUUUAUUGAUCCACGCUCGCCAAGAUUCGGUUUCGGUUUACUCGAACCCGUGCGAAAGUCGUUUUGCGACACUUUCUGCGACCCUUCGAGUCAAUCGAUAUACAUAGUGAACUUAGCUUGCCUUGUAAAAUGUCCCGAGUUGUACAUGAAUCAAAAACCAUCGAACCCUAUGGUACCACCAAAUACAGUGCCAGCGCCACCAACGAUGGCGCCGCCAGAUUUAGCAACAAUGCAAGCUUCAACAUCAGCGCCAGCGUCGUCAGAAACAACAGCUGCGCUACCAGCAUCGCCAGCUACAAAUGCAACAGGAGUAGCGCCAGAGGCGUCAGCUACAACGGCAGCGUCAGCUACAACGGCGGCGUCAGCUGCAUCAACGGCGGCGCCAACAGCGACGACAGGCGCAGCAAACGCAACAAGCUCAACAAACACAACAGUUACAGCAAUGCCAGGGGCGUCAGAUACAGCAAACGGAACAACAGUUGCGACAACGCCAGCUGCAUCAAACGCAACUACAGCAGCUCCUUAAAACACUAUGUAUCGUAGGAUAUUUCAAACACUUUCUUUAAAUACAAGAAUAUUCUACUAACGAGCGAAUGACUAAUAAGAAAUUGAGUGUCAACGACAAUAUUAGUAAUAAGGAUAUUAAUGUAAAAUAAUUUUUCUACUAACUCAAUACUAUGGACACCUCUUUCAAUUUGUAACUUUACACAAACUGAUAAAAAAGUGAGCUUCAUUUUCUUGUUCGCUUACACGAUUAUUGUUCUCA